ACAUCACAGAUUAUCAAUAAUAAAAAAGUUUUCGUCUUGAGAAAUGCAUGUCUAUUAGCCUAAACAGAUAUACACGAAUUUAGUAAGUUGGAGUACCUACUAAUCCCACGCAGAUAUAAGAAUUAUAUAGGGUACUUUCCAUGGUUUUACUAUGCGAGGAAAUCCGUCAGUUUUUUUAUGACCGAACCAAUGGACCGAACAAGCAAGCAAAGGAAUAUAAAUAUAUGUCAAUACAAUAUAAACAUACGUCAAUGUCUCUGUGAAAUAAAACUUCAUUAGUCCUUCCUGCUGUCAAACAGGACAGAACAAUUUUGUUUUUCUUUCUCGGAUUUUGGUGUUUGAAGAAAGAACCAAAUCCAUUUUAAUCUUGAUUUGGUGAAGUGAUAAUUUUGUGAAAAUGGCUAUGUUCCCAGGAACAGUAGCCUUUGAUGAAUAUGGGCGUCCAUUUAUUAUCCUGAGGGAUCAGGAGAGUCAGAAAAGGCUAACCGGUAUUGAUGCCUUGAAGUCGCACAUCCAAGCGGCGCGUCAGAUUGCGGGCAUCCUCCGCACGUCGCUGGGCCCUCGCGGGCUCGAUAAGAUGAUGGUAUCUCCAGAUGGGGACGUCACUGUCACCAACGACGGCGCCACCAUCCUCAAGCUGAUGGAUGUUGAUCACCAGAUCGGAAAACUGAUGGUGCAGCUGGCGCAGAGUCAGGAUGAUGAGAUUGGAGAUGGAACCACUGGGGUUGUGGUUUUGGCUGGUGCUCUACUGGAGCAGGCCACUAGCUUACUGGACAAGGGCAUUCACCCCAUCCGCAUCGCGGACGGCUUCGAGCUGGCCGCCGCCUGCGCGCUGGAGCAUCUCGACAGCAUCAGCGAGGCCUUCCCCGUGAAUAAAGAUACCAGGGAGAACCUCAUCAAGGUGGCAAUGACCACUCUUGGCAGUAAAGUCGUGGUUAAGUGUCACCGCUUGAUGGCCGAGAUUGCUGUGGAUGCUGUGCUCUCCGUAGCAGACUUGGAGAAGCGCGAUGUGAACUUCGAGCUGAUCAAAGUGGAGGGCAAGGUUGGGGGCCGUAUGGAGGAUUCCAUGCUGGUGCGUGGAGUGGUCAUCGAUAAGACUAUGAGCCAUCCGCAGAUGCCUAAAGUUCUCAAGGACGUGAAGCUGGCGAUCCUGACGUGUCCGUUCGAGCCGCCGAAGCCGAAGACGAAGCACAAGCUGCAGGUGGGCUCCGCGGACGAGUACCGCGCGCUGCGACACUACGAACACGAACAGUUUCUGGGGAUGGUGAGGAAAGUCAAGGAUGCGGGUGCAACGCUAGCCAUUUGCCAAUGGGGCUUCGACGAUGAGGCAAACCACCUCCUCCUAGCUGAGAACCUUCCAGCUGUCCGCUGGGUGGGAGGACCCGAGAUGGAGCUCAUAGCCAUCGCUACCGGAGGCAGAAUUGUUCCAAGAUUCGAGGAGCUGACUCCGGAUAAGUUGGGCCAGUGCGGAUUGGUCAGGGAACUCACAUUCGGAACAUCCAAGGAGGAGAUGCUGGUGAUUGAGCAGUGCUCCAACUCGAGAGCGGUCACACUACUCAUGCGCGGAGGCAACAGGAUGAUAGUUGAUGAGGCCAAACGCAGUGUGCACGAUGCCUUGUGUAUUGUGCGCAGUUUGGUGCAGGACUCCCGCGUGGUGUACGGCGGCGGCGCAGCAGAGGUGGCGUGCUCCCUGGCCGUAGCUCGAGCUGCGGACAAGCUGUCCUCGCUGGACCAGUACAGCUUCAGGGCCUUCGCUGAUGCGCUCGAGUCUGUCCCGCUCGCUCUCUCCGAGAACAGUGGUCUGUCCCCGAUCGACUCGCUGUCUGAAGUGAAGGCGCGGCAGGUGGCCGAGAACAAUCCCAACUUGGGCAUCGACUGCAUGGGCAAAGGUUCGAACGACAUGAAAGUCCUGAAUGUGAUAGAAUCACUGCACUCCAAGAAGCAACAGAUCGCUCUCGCCACGCAACUCGUCAAGAUGAUACUCAAGAUCGACGACGUGCGCUCGCCCGCUGACGCGAUACAGUGAUUGUGAUAGUGAUAUAGUGCUGUGUUGUGUGCGGAGUUGCAUUUGUGAACUGUGUCGGGUUAGGUCACGGCCUGAUUGCUCUGCCCUCAUUCGUAGUCGUUGUUUUAUAUAUCACGUAAUGUAUAUUGAAACUCCAUACAAUUUCUAUGUUUGUCGAUGGAUGUCAAUGUAAUGGAUGAUGGCGGAGCAAUGGAGCUGGGCUCUUCAUAACAAAUAAUCCGACUCGGUUGAAUCUGACUUACUGACAGAAAUGGGGACAGUUUUACAAAAUAAAUAGUAAUCGACAGCUGUGAAGGACUAUCCAUUAUAGGUACAGUACACUGUGUGAUAGAUCUCUGCAGAUGCAGCUACAAGAAUAAAAAGUUUUAAAUGGCCUCUGCUUUGCCCCAAUGAAUACCUCCAAAUGCAUACCAACAUAAUAAUAAAAUGCAUAUUUGUUUUCAUCCAAAAACCUUAAAGCUUUCCUUUUCUGUUAUUUAGUUGCAUUCAACCAAGUUGGAGUGUCUGUUACUAAGAUUAAAACUGAGUCUAAGCAGUGGCAUAACAUUAUCUUGUAAAUCCACAUACAAACCCACUAAUGUAACUAUAGUUUGAUAACACUAGUUUAAAGCUAGACUUUAGCCCAUACACUUUAAAUUAAAAUUGAAUUUUAAUAUUGGUUUUCAUAUGUGAGAGCAUAAAUUCUGUUUAUUUUAUUGCAUUUUAUUUUCCGCGGGUAUCGGAGUAACUUAUGUAUCAAAUGUCAUUAUAAACAUUUAUAUUUUUGUAUAUCAAUGCUCCAAACAAAGGGAUAUUUCAAACUAAUGCAAAUGAUAUAUGGAUUUAUGUAUAAAGAUCUGUGCACACCGAAUCUAUAUGCAGCAAGAUUUUAUGGAAUCGUGUGCAUAUGCAUUCAGUGUGCACGGAUCUUAGAAGUCGUUAAUUGAUAGUAUUAUGCAUGGUGUCUCAAUUUUAUUAUUAAGUUAUGUCACAGCAUUUGUUUGUGUACGCGAGUACUGGAUGUAUGCCUUAUUGCACUAAUAAAUAAAUUAAACUGCUAACUCA